AAUCGACUGGAAAUUCUCCGGCUUGCUCCGUGUUGCCCACUUGCAGAACAUUGGGGACUCCGCCGACGACUGGUUGAGGACCGGGGUCGGAGACCAACAAGAUUCGGCCGCGGAGUGCCGGAGACUUGGAGACUUCGAGGUGCGCGCGCAUGUCGCCCAAUCCUCCCGUUGGUUUUGCUUGCCCAAACUCUCAGUACGCUUCGGCUUGUUUCUCUGCCCCUUCGCUGUAGUAGUUUCCAGUUCAGUUUGUUGAGAUCAUUCGAGGAACCAGUGAUCUUGGAGACGCGUGCUCUCUUCCCUGGCAGUCAAUCUUGUGGUGCCGCCUUGGUGCCCUCGUGCACGCACGGCGACGGCGGCUGAGCGCCCUUUUCAACUCCCGCCGAUUUCGUUCACAUUGCUUCGUGAGCACACUGCGCAGCACGCGGCGCUCCAGCAUUGACUGGUUCGCCGGAUUACUUUUAUCUCGAACAAAAACAGUCACUGGCAAGUUGCUUCGGAGUGAUGUCAUGUACUCAGGUGUCUGAAGCUGCCCAACCGCUUUGUUCGUGCACAGAAGGACUUUCCACGGGGAGAUGACAAGGCUGCACCGACCAACAAACCAAAGUCACCUGCUUCCGUCCUAAGGAAAGACUCUGUUCCGUUUACUGGAGUCAAAUUUCCUGACGCCCGGUGUCAUUCGGUAAGAUUUGAAGCUCGGUUAGCUGCCAACCAACCCCUUUGCCCUAGCUCAGGUUCUCCCCACAGCUCCAGUUCAUCGCAAGAAGCUUGUAGUGUCCUUCGAGUCUGCUGCGCUGUGGGUUCUGAUCAAUCAAGCAGUUGUCCAACGAGUUCUUUGGGGGAUGCUUCUUGCUCUGGUAGUUUGGUUCAGUUUUCUCCAUCUGAGAGGAUUCCAACUCUGUUCUUUCACAUGUUCAACAAAGUGAUGUAAUUCCUUUGACAGCCGCCUUUGAAUUGAUGGUCCUUCCAUAACUACAUGGCGCGGAAUAUCACUGAAGAUGUUCCAUCUUCAGAUCUAAAUUCAACAAUUCUGACUGAAUAUCAUAUCACGGUCCCUACUCAACAUGAUGGACUAGUGCAAGGGUCAGUCCCUCAUGAAAUACGGCUUCUUGAUUUCCUGGAGGCCACGCCUUCGGUGCAAUGGCUAAAGAAGAUUGAUCUUUGUUCCCCAUUGACAAAUUUUCAGCUGCCAUCCACUGGCAUCCACCGCUAUCUCCAUGUUCACUUCAUCAGAAGAAUCAACUGGAGUUCAGUCUUCACCAUAUGCAAGAAAUGGCUCAAGCAUCCUCUGAACAUUGCUCUCCUCAUAUGGCUGCUCUGUGUCACUGCCUCUGGUGCCAUGUUGAUCUUGCUUAUGUUAGGAUUGCUGAACAAUGCAUUUCCUUCCAAGUUCUUAAGAAAUCACUGGGUAGAGAUUGACAACCAAAUCCUUAACGCCCUCUUCACCCUCAUGAGCAUAUACCAGCACCCAAAUCUCAUCCACCACACUGUUCUCCUCUGCCGUUGGCAGCCAGAGGGUGCAGCCGAGCUUAGGAAAGUUUACUGCAAGAAUGGGGCGUGCCAUCCUAAUGAGAGAAUACACAUGUCUUUUGUGGUGGCUCUCCUCCACAUCACUUGCAUCUGCCAGUAUGUUGAUUGUAGCCUCUACUGGGGCUAUCCCAGCAUAUCACGCUCUGAGUUUGCUGACAACUUCUUCUUCAUCCUAGGCAUCGCUGCACCGGUCUUUGCCGGAGUGUACACAGUGUACAGCCCUCUUGGCAGAGACUCCGAUGCUUUGUCUGAUGAAGAAAUAAAAAGACCAGACAUGGUUCAAGUCGAGUUGGCAGAAACAAGAAUUGUGGUAAGCAAUCCUGCGUGGGCAGGGGGGCUGUUUGACUGCAGCGAGGACCCCACAGCAUGCUACCUCUCUUUCCUGUGCACGUUCUGUGUGUUUGGCUGGAACAUGGAGAGACUAGGGUUCGGCAACAUGUAUGUGCACACCGUCAUGUUCCUGCUGUUGUGCGUCACACCAUUUUGGGUGUUCAACAUCACAGCGCUCAACAUCCAUGACUACGUUCUUGGUGAUGUCCUCGGUGCUGCGGGCAUCGUGCUGUGCUUCUUUGGCCUGCUGUACGGGGGUUUCUGGAGGAUCCAGAUGAGGAAGACAUAUGGGCUGCCCAGAAGAAGGUGGUUCUGUGGAUCAGCAUCAUUGACAGACUACGUGCAAUGGCUGUUCUGCUGGUCGUGCACUCUUGCGCAGGAGGUGCGCACGGGGAACUUAUAUGAUGCAAAGAAUGGCAACUUCUAUGAGAAACUGAUGUACAGUGGUGAUGUGGAGAGUGGGUCAGGAUCAUCUGUUACGGCGGAAUUACCGGUUUCUAUGGGAGUAGAAGAGCAGAAUGGUACUGGUGUCGAACUCUUGGUGGAUGGUGAAAUGAUCCCGCCCACCCAACCUUUAAUAGAGUUUGAGGAGAGGGAAGGCACUGAUGCAGAAGUUGUCUAAAUUAUGGACCGAGAUCUUCUGACUUCAGUAGUCAAGUGACAUCAAGUGGAUCUGAGGUGAACAGUUUACAUAUGGUGCUACAGUAGUUGAUAAACAAUAAAUCCGUGCUACUGCAUUGGUGAACAGUAUCCAUGCUACAGCAAUCGGUUGCAAAAUACUGUUCAUCUAGACUCAGUUUACUGUUUACCUCCGACUUCACACGUCUGAAGUUGGAGGAUCUCGAUCCAUAAAUAAUAGCAUCCAGACCAAAAGCUAACCCACAUCUAAAGGAUGAUUUGAUCUUAUGGUAUGCAGAAGAAGUUUCGCAGAUUCGAAACAUGCAUCGAGUUUGUAUUGUAACUUUGGAAACUUGUAACUUUGGAAACGUGUAAACUUUAUUCAUUUAUACCGAAAUUAUAAAGUACAGUUUUUCUUUAUGUACA